AUGUCCUGGCUUCUCUGCUUUCAAAUCCACUUACCAUCAGCCAUGUCUGCACCCAACGCUGGUCGUCAAUCGCCUGAGCCUGAGAAGUCAUCAACCGCUCAGGUCGGAAAUCCCUCAAAGGACGAUGCCAAGCACGAGUCCAACCCAAGCGAGAACACGUCCGCACAAGACAGCAAGGAUCAAUUGAAGGGUCUGCCCAGCAACCCCACCGGCGCCCUGAAGGAGCAUUCAGAGGCCACGACCAGCAAAUAG